CCACCAAUGACACUACUUGAAAGUAAAGCUGUUAUCUGUCAAUUGAUAAUUUAAAAUUUGUGGUCAAUUUUGAAUUUGUGGUUAUGUAUUUGUUGUGUUUCAGUCUAUACAAUAAAACAAUAAAUAACCGCAAAUAAGAAAUAGUAAAAUGUAAUAAACUGUUCGUGAUUAAAAGAAAACCUGUAUUGUCAAGAAAGUUUUUAAUCCAGCGUUUGUUGAAUAAUAAUUGGCGAACCUCUAACUAAUAUUGGAACAGACUCACAUUUAAGCUCACAUUAUAAAAAUGUCUUUUUCGUUUGGGUCUGCUACAACUUCACAAGCCGCGCCGUUUGGAUCAGCAGCUAAACCGUCAUUUUCAUUUGGAAGUACAAAUACUGCUACAACAAGCACUGCAGGAUUUGGUGGUUUUGGAACAAGCACAACAUCAUCAGGAUUUGGUAGCUUUGGCACUACUAAUACUGCAACCCCAUUUGGUGGCAUUGGCACUACUCCUGCAUCUACAGCACCAUCAUUGUUUGGUGGAACAGGUUUUGGCUCAACUGCAGCUAAACCAACUACAGGGUUUGGAACAGGCACAUUUGGUACAGGUUCAUUUGGUACCACUUCCGGCUUUGGCACUAAUACAUCAACAUUUGGCAGUACAGCACCAACAUUUGGAACAAAUACAUUUGGAACAUCUACAUUUGGUACUGGAUCAUCAUUUGGUUCUACAUUCGGUAAACCUGCUACAACAGGUUUUGGUGGGUUUGGAACUGGUCUUGGGACAACACCAGCGUUUGGUCAGCAACAGCAGCAACAGCAACAGCAACAGCAGCAACAACCUCAAGGACCAACAAACGCACAUGAAGCUCUUGUUGCAGCAGUAUUCAAUUGCAAUGUUUUUGGAGAUGAGAGAGACCAAGUGUUGGCAAAGUGGAAUCUUUUGCAAGCACAAUGGGGAACUGGCCAAGCUUACUACAGCCGCAAUGCACCACCAUUAGAAUUAAAUGAACAAAACCCAUUGUGCCGAUUUAAGGCUGUGGGGUAUUCUAGACUUGGUGGGAAGGAAGAUAAGGAUGGACAUGUUGCUAUGAUAUUUUCAAAGCCUGAACAGGAAAUCAAAAAUAAUCAACAAGGUUUUAUAACUUCUCUAUCUGGCCUCCUGGGGAACAAACCUAAUUUAGCUGUGAACAUUGAAUCUGUAAAAGCUGUUUCAGAUAAAAAAUGCCAGGUGGUGGUGUACGUAGUGGACAAGGGCGCGGGCGGGUCCCACAUUAGCGCAUCCGAACUGAGCGCUUUUUUGAAUGCGGGUGCUGCGCGUAAUGCGCUCACGGGUGCGGGCUGCGCUGCGGUCACGCCCGUCACUCGGCCCACGCCACAGAUGUUGGAUCAGUACUUGCAGACGCCUCCGCCAGGAAUGGAUAUGAGGCUCUGGAAACAAGCCCAAGCUGAUAAUCCCGAUCCACAAAAUUACAUUCCCGUGCCUAUCGUUGGAUUUUCCGAGAUAAAGUUCCGCGCGCAAUGCCAAACGUCGGAGUCGCAGCUGCAAGCAAGCUACUUGCGCAAGGCGUCGGACACGCUGAGCGAGCUGCGCACGCGCCGCGCCGCGUCCGCCGCCACGCUCGCGCAGCUAGCCGCUAGACUGCACUCGCUCCGGCACACGCUGCUGCAGAUUAUUGCACGCCAAGAAGUGGUGGGUCGUGUUGGUGCGGCUCUCAGUCCGGAGGAGGAGGCUUCGCGGGCGAGACUUCAAGAAUUAGCCUCGCAGUUAGCUGCUCCGCCUCUUUAUAAUGGUCGUUUGAACGAGCUCUUGUGCGCAGUGCGACUACAACGCAGCGCGAGUGCGGGCGCACCUCACGAAAGAUAUCAUUUGGAUCCGGGUGCGCAAGAAGACGUGAAACAAUUUUUGUCGCUACAACAGCGCGGUAUGGCACAUCUAAUGGAAACGGCCAAGAAGGAUCUCGUUGCGCUCAACACGAUCGCGGAGGGGAUGGCAAAACUCGUGCGCGCGUAGCGUACAACCAAUGUCAAUUAUCCCGUAUAGUGGGAAGAAUUUGUGUAAAAAUACUUAAUUUGGUUACUUUGUGUUUUUGGGAAUAAAAUGUUGUUUUGCACUGA